AUGGCCACCGGCAAUGGCUUGCUGACUGCAAGAGAUUUGGGCUUGCAUGCUGAUGACGAGGGGGUACUAGACGUCCUCGACCUCCCACAACUCCACACCCGCCCCACGACCAAGACCCUCCUCUCUACUCUCGACGAUCUAAGCUCCCAACCUCCACCGUGGGAAGCGACACCCCGGAACGGCACCCCACGGACCAGGAGCGGAGCUUCCACCCCGGCGACAAAAAGACGGAAAGUAAGAAGUGAAGGCGUUCCAGCAUAUCUGACACGUAUUGUUGCGAACCCGCUGGUAUGGAUAGAGAAUGAUGAGGAGAAGGAGAGGAUUUGGGAGACUGCUGCACGUAGGCUAGCUGAGAGGAGUGGGAGGACGGCAAUGGGUGAUUUGACGAGGGUGUUUGAGAUACCACUUGGUCGAAGCGCUUGCAAGGAAGGUGAAGGUGGAAAGGGAGUACUCGCGCUGAAGGAUGGACUGGUGGACCGUAAUGGAGAUGACGAGAUGGAGUACCUGGACCUCACCCUGCAUGAACCAGCCUUGACAGCCGAUAAUCUUGCGAAUGCAGAGAUCUUGGAGCUGGGAGCCGGGACGGGAUUGGUGGGCAUGGCCGCUGCUGCUGUCUUUCAGCGAACCGUGUAUUUGACCGAUCUGCCGGAGAUUGUGCCCAACCUGGAGCGGAAUAUCAUGGCUAACGAGGAAGUUAUUCGAGCGUGUAGUCAUGGCGAAGGGAAGGUGGCGACGGGCGUGCUGGAUUGGAGUGAUCCGGCGGAGUUCUGCCCUGGCACUGAGGCCGAUCAUUCAAGGCCAAAACAUUCUUUCCCGUUGAUUUUGGUAGCUGAUCCUAUCUACUCUUCCGACCACCCUGGCCUACUCGUCAAUGCAAUCGACUACCACCUCUCCCGUGACGUGGACGCCAGAGUCGUGGUCGAGAUGCCGGUUCGUGAAGCGUAUGCUAGUGAACGACAGGACUUCCGGGACAAAAUGCUGGGUUUGGGCUUGGUGAUUUGCGAAGAGGAAGAGGAGGUGGGAUAUGAUGACUGGGGCGGUUCCGGUGGUGAGGACGGGGAUGGAGGGGAGGAGGCGUUUGGGGCGGAGGUGAGAUGUUGGUGGAGUGUAUGGGGUUGGAAGACUGCUUAA